AUGGAGGCUAUGAAGCUCUUGAAGAAGAGUAUGAUGGUUAAAGAGGCCUAUAGCAAAGGAAAACCAGGUUUUCUUGAAACUCAAGAAAAAGGUUCUAAAGAAAAACAAAUUCCAGGUACUAAUAUAACCCAUGACGGGAUUAAUAAAGAAAGGAUUAUUUCUAUUCAAACUACCAGGUUCAAACAGAUCAAGGAUCUUCUUGAAAAAGUUUGUUCUGAAAAUCCUAUUGAUCCAAAUAAAACCAAAGGAUGGAUGCAAGCUUCAAUUAAGCUUAUUGAUCCCAAAACGGUUAUUAGAGAAAAACCUACGGUUUACUCUCUACAAGAUAGGGAAGAAUUUUCCAAACAAAUCAAGGAAUUACUUGAUAUGAGACUAAUUAUAGAAUCAAAAUUCCCUCAUAUGUCUCCUGCCUUUCUUGUCAAUAAAGAAGCAGAGAAAAGAAGAGGAAAGAAGCGCAUGGUUGUCAACUACAAAGCAAUCAAUGAUGCAACUAUUGGAGACUCACAUAAUCUUCCCAAUAUGCACGAACUCUUGACUCUUCUACGAGGAAAAAACAUUUAUUCAAGUUUCGACUGCAAGUCAGGUUUCUGGCAAGUUCUACUUGAUGAAGAAUCGUAG